AUGCUGAUUAUCGGUCUCACCGGCUCUAUAGCCACCGGCAAAUCCACCGUGUCCUCCCUCCUCUCCUCGCCACCACACAACCUCCCCAUUAUCGACGCUGACAUCCUUGCCCGUAAAGUCGUCGAACCAGGUACAGCAGGCUACAAAGCUAUAGUCAACUACUUUGGCUCCACCACACCAGACCUGCUACUACCGGCAGAUGCCGAAGGGAAACAAGGAUUAAAUCGGCCCGCGCUGGGUAGACGAGUAUUUGGCGAUAGCGACGAACGGAAACGCGAUAGGACGAUACUUAAUAAGAUUGUACAUCCGGCGGUGCGAUGGGAGGUUUAUAAGUCUUUAUUAUAUUACUACUUGCGCGGUAAUUGGGCUGUGGUGCUGGAUGUGCCGCUACUAUUUGAGUCGGGAAUGGAUGUCAUCUGUGGAACAGUGAUUGUGGUGGCAGUCAAGGAUCCAGCGGUGCAAAUGUCGCGAUUACGCGCGCGAGAUCCGCAUUUAACAGCAGAGGAUGCCGAGAAUCGAGUCAAGAGCCAGGGUGAUGUGCAGGGAAAAGUUAAGAAGGCAUUGUAUAGAAAUAAAGCUUCGGAGCAGGAUCUCGACAAGGGCUCGCGUGGCGUGAUUGUUUGGAAUGAUGGUGAUAAAGCCGAUCUUGCCAAGGAGGUGGAUAAGGCGAUUCUUACGAUCCAGGACAAUAGUCCUCGAUGGUGGGCAUGGGUUCUUUUGCUUGCGCCGCCGGUGGGUGUGGCUGCUGCGGUGUGGAAUAUGGCGGUCAAUUUCGGCUCGCAAAAGAGCUGGGAUCAGAAGGUCAAGAAGGAGAGGGCGAAAUUGUAG